AUGGUGCUCUUCAAGCGAGCUGCCCAAUCGGUCUUAAGAGACCGAGUAUUCACUCACCUCCGGUUUGUGUCCAUAGCUUCUGUUGGCCUUCUCAUCGGAUUAUUGUACCACGGUAUAGGAAAUGACGGCAACAAAGUCUUUAACAACACUGGCUGUUUGUUUUUCUCGCUUCUCUUUCUUAUGUUUACCUCUCUCAUGCCCACCGUUCUAACAUGUAAGUAAUCCGUCAAAUCUGAUUUCGUUCGAGGUUGAUGAGUAGCCUUUUUCCGUUUUCAGAGCGCUUUUAAGAGGUUUAUGUUAAUAAAGCGAGAGUUUCGGGUUGAUACAUGUCAGAGUCAAACACUCAAACGUCGCACUUCACAUGUAAAGAAAUAUAUACUUGUGAGCGACGACAAUAGAUUUCGCCCCUUAGUAUUGGGUUCGUCACAUGCGAAGUUCGACGUUUCACCUGUGACCCUGGCUCGUCCCCAGUCGUCUUUGCGUACACGCACGGCGGGAGCACGGCGUUUUCCUCCUUCCCAUGACAUCCCGCGCAGCACUAGGGGAAGGUUGUGAGAAACGACUGGGAUGAGUCAGCCUUUGAUCAGAGUAGCUUCUGAUUUGUUCGGCGAGCACGCAAAGUCUCAGCUCAAACACAGUCGUUUUUGUCUGGUCAACAACGCUCCUCCCUCCCUCACUCCCCCUUCCCCUUUGGGGAGGAGUGUUGCGUAACGAGACAAAAACGGCUGCGUGGGAGACAAGCAAAUAAGUAUUAAGUCAGGUGCGAAAACGCGCGUAAAGGCAAGUAAACGAGCGCCACUCAUUUUCGCGCUGGACAACCUAAAACCUCCCGUUACGCAGGCUUUUUGAGCUGUGCCAUACUUUCCUCAAAACAUCUUAAUGCAUUUGUUUUUUUUUCUCCAGUUGUAUAUAAGCGAUAACUUUGUGUUACAGGAGAUCGAGUAAUUUUAAAACUCAUGCUGCAAUUUCUUUUACAGUUCCGAUGGAGAAACUUGUCUUUAUUCGCGAACAUUUAAAUAACUGGUACAGUCUCAAGUCUUAUUAUUUGGCGAAAACAAUGGCUGACGUUCCUUUUCAGGUAAGAUGCAUGAAAUGACAUGAUUGUAGACCAUAUUAUUAAACUGCAACUCACCUGUAAUCGAGGCUGCUGCUCGAAUACCUUAUAUGAGCCUCGGCCGCAUGCCAGUAAGUAGUUCCAUUUAGUUCCUGGACGCCGUGGGCCCCAUUGCUCUCUAAACCGAGAUAUUUAUACGCUGAUAUAUAAAAGUCUGACUUGGACGAUUGGGCGUUCAACAAUAUAAUACAAAAGAUCAAAGGUAUUGAGUGUCCGCUUUUGUCCGCUGAAUAGGGGGAGAAUCAAAGGCCAGCAAUACGAGAAGGGUUGCAUGAACAGGUGUAGAGCUACGUGCAGAAUUCUUUUUUUAGCAGAUUCGUGGAUAAAUCAAGUCUUACAUACUUCUCCAGAAGUUCCUCCCGUCAGGAAAGUCCUUUAUAGCUUCUCACGCUAUUUUUAGGGCUCGCAUUUGACCUGUCACGGAGUGUAACAUCUAUUCAUUGAGUGUUGCCCGACAUACUACCAAAUCUUCCAACGCCAGUUGAAUUUAUGAAGCAUCCCGAUUGAUCGUUCCCUUGACUUUUUCUCCCCCGGCAGAUUCUGCUCCCUGUGAUCUACUGUUCAAUAGUGUAUUUCAUGACAGAUCAACCCAGUGAAGGAUUGCGUUACACACAGUUUCUUUCCAUCACAAUACUCACGUGUCUUGUGGCUCAGUCAAUAGGAUUGCUCAUAGGAACAGUGGCGCCCAGUCUUCCGGUGGGUAUAAGAGUUACUGAGUGUUUUCCAUAGGUUUUUUAGCCCACGUAGCAAGCGGGAGUUUCCGCUCGAGUUAUUGUGCAAAAGUUGGAGCGAGAGCAAAACAAAUGGAAGAAGGGAGGAUAGGAGGGGAGAAGAGGAAACGCCAUUUAUUUUCUCCCCUCUCCUCCUUCAUCCCUCUUUUUCGCUCGCGCGCAAACGCCUGUUACGCAGGCUAUAAGUUUAUAGUAAAUACCACUUCUGGUAUGUGGUUCACGCGCAUGACAGAUGGUACAACUCGCACUCCUGACUCUAAUCGUGACUUUCCCAAAGACUUUUGAAGGGCAGAAUUUUUUUGUGCUUGAGUCGUAGCCAAGUGCGGUAUUAAGUAUUUCGAGUUCAUUCUUAGAGCAGUUUUCACUUGACUGUCGUAAAACCAAAACCAAAGUAAAUACACUAGCCAACCAAAGGGCGUAGUAAAACCAAAACCAAACCAAUUCCUCAAUUACUUUCGACAGUCAAGUGAAAACUGCUCUAUCUACAGCCAGUGAAUACAUUUAUCCACCUGAGUAAACCACGAAGCAGAAGUCUGUACCUUAGUUUUGAAAAUUUAAACUGAAUGCUCUGCAUUUGAACAACAACAGCAGCAGCGGCGGCAACGACGUAAUGAAAUCGAAGUAAGGGUGGAUUUCCACUGUCGCGUAAUUUUUACGUGCGUACGCGCGUUCAAUGUACGUACCUAUAUGAAAUAGAGGCAAUGUAUGAAAUGCCGCGUGUAGACGCAAAAAUUGAGCAACUUUCAGCUUUUACGUUUACGCGCGAUCUUUCAUGCAAGGCCUCUACUUUAUUUACGCGCGUACCCACGUAAAAAUAAUGCGACCGUGGAAGUCCACCUUAAAUAAAAUAGAGGCGAUAUAUGAAAGUCUGCGCGUAAACGUUAAAUCUGAGCGAGGUUCAACUUUUACGGUUACGCGCGACCUUCCACAAUGUAUAGCCGCUAUUUUAUUUACGCGCGUAAAAUUUUACUUGCGUGCGUAUUAAAGAUUGCGUGACAGUGGAAAUCCACCCUAAGACAUGAAAGCAAAGGUCAUUCAAAAUUAAGUUUUUUGGAUGCUUCCAGAAUCUCAAUCAGCCCAUAAAUCAAGUGGAACAUCUAUCAAAAAAGAUCCCUUAGUGAAGCAUUCCAUUCCGUCCGGAAAAAUAGGUCUGGGGAUCAUUUUGAUGUUUACAGUAAAAUAGGAGUCGUAUAAGUGAUCGCACAGGCCUUUACUCUGUUGUUUCGUCUCUUCUCGCAGACUGCCGUUUACGUUGCUCCGGUGACUGGUAUCCCUGUGCUUCUCUUCAGCGGUUUCUUCGUAAAUUUUGACACCAUUCCGAAAUACAUGCAGUGGUUAACAUACGUGUCAUACGCGCGCUACAGCUGGGAAGGGACGGUGUGUGCCAUAUAUGGAAAUAAACGAGGGCCUCUAGAAUGCAAGAACAAGCGGUGUAUUUUUACCAACAGCGAAGAUGUUUUAAGCGCUAUGGAUGUUGAGGAGAAUGCGCUCUAUUUAGAAGGCGCCAAGAUAUACUUCGACGGUUUUGUGCUAUUUUUAUUCUUCGUUGCACUCAGAUUGGCGGCCUAUUGGGUAUUGCGGUACAAAGUCAAGUCGUACCGCUAG